AUGACACUCAACGGUUUCGAAAACGAAACCGUUGUUGGUUCAAAUAUUCCAGUCGAUGUAAUUCGUCGCCGUAAAGAACAACUAAAAAGAGAAAUUCAAGAAAUUCGUGAAAAAAUUGCUCAAUGUGAAGUUGAAAUGUCAAUAAUACAAUCUCAUAAUAAUACAAGUCAUUAUGUAUAUAGUAUAAAACAAGGUAAAAGAAAAUGA